UCAAUUCAUUUCCAAAGUGAAUCGCGUGAAAGUUGUACCUCGGACUGUCUCUUACAAGAAUAAAAACUUCUGUUGAGAAUAAAAGAAAUAAAUAAAAUUAAUAAAAAAAUAACUACUUUAACUUAAAAAAACUGUGCUUGAAAAAAAUUCAAAUUAAAAAUUCCAAAAAGGUUCUGCUUUAAAACAUUAAAAACCAACGCAAACCACUUCAAAUCGUGCCGUGACCUAAUUUCGUAUUUUAAAGUGAAAUUGUUGGAAUUUCUUUAGAAAAAAACGAGUAAAAAAAUUAAUAAAAACAAAAAGACUUAUUGAAAGAUUUACAUAUUUAUUCAAUACAUUACUUUCGCUGUGCCAUCAUCAUCUAUCCAACAGCUUGAGGGCUUUCCAAGCAGGUGUUAACAAAUAAUUGUGUUUUGAGUUUGGUGCUAAUUAGAGAGUUUUAUUGAAAAAAAUAUUGAUCAGAAAACAAACUUUUACUUUCAUCUUUAGUUAAAAAUAAAUCAUAAUUUCAAAUUAAAAUGUUUAAAAUAGUUCUGGUUGUUCUUACGUCAUUACUAUAUGGAUCAUCAUGGGCACAACAGCCCUAUUACAUUCAACAGUGCCCGGGCGAUGAACAAUUUAUAAACGAAUGUUUACGUGACAGUGGUAAUAAAUUGGUGCAUUAUCUGAGACAAGGCAUACCUGAAUUAGAAAUUUAUGAGAUUGAACCUGUUGAUAUAGAUGAAAUUGGCAUUGUAUUGGGCAGCGGACCCGAUGGCUAUCGUGCUGUAUUCCGUAAUAUUCAGGCAUUUGGUGUUAGUAAUAUAACGGUGACAAAUGUGCGCUCCGAUUUGGAAUCUUUACAAUUUCAAUUGACCUGCGAAAUACCACGCAUCAAGGUUAGAGCACAGUAUCGUUCAACUGGCGUUUUAAUUUUGGUUAAAGCUUCUGGUGCCGGUGAAUAUUGGGGCGAAUAUGAGGGCGUUAAAGCUAAAAUUUAUUUCAAGGCUUUGCCACAUGAGGGACCAGAUGGCCGCACUUACCUUACAGCCGAUCAAGUAAAAAUGGAUUUCAAUGUCAAGGACAUUCAAAUGGGUGUCGAUAAUAUUGCCAAUGGCAAUUCUGUUAUACAAGCUGCUUUAAAUCUUUUCAUCAAUUCCAAUUCACAAGAGUUGCUGAAAGAAAUGAAACCAGCUUUGCGCACAAAACUCACAUUGGUCAUACGUAAUUUCAUGGAUCGUCUGUUUGCGAAAAUUCCCUUGGAACAGUGGGUUAAUCUGAAUUAGUUAUAAUUAAUCGUUAAUCGUGCGAAAACUAUUUAAAUAAAUUAUAGUUUAAGCUUAAAUUAAUUAGUAGUAAAAUAUAUAAAAUUAAAAAAUUCGCAGUAAUUUUAAUUUUUUCGAUUUAAGUAAAGUUUUUAUUCAAUUUUAAAUUUCU